AUAUAUGCUUUUUGUUUGAUAGUGCUGUGAUUAUUUGGUUUGGUUUGACCGUUGGAGGACUUUCUACUUUUACCUCUGGAAACAAUAAGCAAAAAAUUAACAGCUUUGAUUUUUCACAAGGUGGGAUUUGAUGUUUGAAUCCAUGACUAAGCUUUUUAUUACUAUUAAAACUAACCACUUAAGAGAAAGUAGUUAGCAUUAGAAUUAGAAUUGGCAGCUAAAAAUUUUAAGACACAUAAAUAAUUGGCUAGUCUUAUUGUUUUUACACAAUCAUUAGUUUGCUGGUAAUGAUAACAAUGAUAUCUCAAGUGGCCUAAGCAGUGUCUUACCUUUUCAAUGUUACCUGCAUUCUCCUCAAUGCAGCUACUAGCAAUAAAAGGUCAUUUGGGGCAGCCCAAAGUGGGAUCUUGAGAAGAAACUGAUCUUGGCAAUGGUUUGUAGCUCCAAAUGGAGGAAUCGUUUAGAAAAGGUUCAAGGAUUUAACUCCUCUAACCAAAAAGAAGAGAAUCCUAGGAGGUGCAUUUGAGAGCCCAAAAAUUUUAAAUUGGAAUUGUUGCAGUGCCAUUUGCCUCAUUUAACAAAGAUUUUCGUUAUGAAGAGAAGCAAGCAGAUGAUAUCAUCCUUAUGUCAUUAGUGUACAAAAUUAACUUUGCUAAAAGUUUUUACCCCAGAAAUCAGUCAAAAGCCAUACACUUGCCUCCAAUAAUUGAAAAAGUUGAUGGCAAACCUGCUCCCAUGACAUGGUGUGUACACCAUAAUGAACUGCAUGUGCUCCUUUCGUGGCUAUGGUGGACCAAGUGAGGCCUUCUGACAAAGAAGUUUUCACUCUAAAACUGCAGGUCACAAGUUUUUGACCUAGUAGUUCCUUUCUAAUUACAAACUCUGUGACAUUUAAGUGCCAAAAUGCCUAGAUCAAGGUGCUCAGAAAUGCCACAAAGGCAAUCCUCUCGAGGCACACAGCUUAGGUCAUCAAGUUCUGAUUCAGAUCCUCUGCAUCAUCGACCAAUUACUGAUCGUAGUAGUCUCAGGCUCAGAGACCAUCGCUCUCCAAGAGGAGCUUCCCAAUCAGAUCCGGUGAAUCAGAAGAAACUUGGCACCCGCAUUGCAGAUUUAGAAUCUCAACUAGGGCAAGCACAAGAAGAGCUGAAGGUUCUGAAAGACCAGUUGGCUUCAGCAGAAGCUGCAAAGAAAGAAGCUCAAGAAGAACUGGAAAAGAAGAGCAAGAAGCCAAAAGCUCCAGAACCUGCUGAAAUUCAUGAAAAGAUUUCUCUAAAAAAAACUCAAGAUUCUAAGAAAGCAGACAGCAGCCUCAGAGAUGAAGCUCCUGAAUAUAAUCAACGAGCAACUGAUGUUUUUGAAGUUCCAGUGGAAGUGGUAGCAAUUGAGCCUAAGGUCGAAGUCCAUGAAGCCAAUCAAGUAGAAGAAGAAACCAAAGCAAUAGAAAUAUCAAAUGAACCACCAGCAAUAUCAGAGCAAGAGAAACCAUCUUUCCAUGACUUGGCUUUGAAAAAUGAUGAGAUAAAUGUGCUAAAAUCCAAGCUAGAAGAGAAGGAAAAGGAGCUUGGGGUGUUUACUCAAGAAAAUGAGGACCUGAAAAAGCUGCUGCAUGAAGUGGCCUCAAAUAUUUCAAUUGCUAAAGCCAAGGAAGAAGAAAUGACCUUGAGAUUGAGACAAGUAGGAAAGGAGCUGGAAGCAAGUAAAGCAAAUGCAGCUCAACUGAAGGAAAAGCUCCAAUCUGUCGAAGUGCAAAAGGAAGCAUUGGAAGCAGAGAUGAAGAAACUAAGGGUGCAGACGGAACAGUGGAGAAAAGCAGCAGAUGCAGCAGCAGCUAUUCUUUCUGGGGGAGUGGAAAUGAAUGGAAGAAUUUCAGACAGGUGUGGCUCCAUGGAUAAGCAUUUUGGUGGUGUGUUUGAGCCUCCAGCUGGUGGGUAUGCAGGUUAUGUUGGAUCACCUGGCUUGGGUGAUGACGAUGAUGGUUUUGGAAGUGGAAAGAGGAAAGGCUCCGCCAUCAAAAUGUUUGGAGACUUGUGGAAAAGGAAGGCCCCAAAAUAAAACGAGAAGUAUGCCAAAGCAUAUUUUAAGCUGCUCAUGUAUAAUUGUUGUGAAAUUGGCUGCUCAGCGGUUUCAGUUUUUGUUGGUCAUGUAUGUCCAUUGUUGCAGCAAUUUGGUCAUCUCAUCCUCAGUAGGUAGUAUGCUUCUGCUAUGUAAUGUAAACCAUUAAGGAUGAUCUUAAGGUUAGGUGUGGGAUAGAAGAGGCAUUUCUUGAAGCCCUUUGUGAAAAAACAAGGUUCCAUCAUCAAUGUUUUAUUUGUUUUAAA